AUGGCAGCCGCUCAAAGCGCCCUCGACCCGGUGUGCACUGGAAGUGCCGUGUUGGCUUUUAUGGAUAUGGCAGCGGCUCAAAGGUAUGCAAGUGGGUGCAGUGCGGUGCAAGACGGCUUCUCCUCUAGCACAUGCGACCCGGUGUGCACUGGGGUCGCCGUGACCGGAUCUUCCUCCUCUAGCACGCGCGAUCCUGUGUGCACUGGGUAUGCCGUGGUGGGCUGGGCUUUAAGGAUAUUGGAGCGGCUCACAGGUUCAUUCAGGAACGAUUCAGCCCCCAUCCGCUUUGGUGAGAAGGAGAAGGCUGUUUCCUGCAAGCCUUUUGAGGCGCCUCAAAAGUCGAUUCAGCCCCCAUCCGCUUUGGUGAGAGGGAGAAGGCCGGUCGCCGAUUCAGCCCCCAUCCGAUUCAGGCUGUUUCCUGCCGCUGCCGCUGCCGUCGUUUCAGGAAGGCUGUUUCCUGCAAGCCGGUCGCCGUCGUUGCUGCUGACUCUCACUCCCCUCUUCCUCCCCUCUUCCUCCCCUCCUCUCUUUCUCGCCCCCCCUCCCCCACUCCCUCCUCUCCUCCCCCAUCAGGUUCAUGCAGCAGUACAAUCGCUCUGCCCCCAUCCAGUUUGGUUCAUGCAGCAGUACAAUCGCUCUGCCCCCAUCUGCUUUGGUCAGAAGGAGAAGGCCGUUUCGUGCAAGCUGAUCGGCACCCCUGCUGCUGACUCUCUCUUCCCUCUUCCUCCCCUCUUCCCUCUUCCUCCCCUCUUCCCUCUUCCUCCCCUCUUCCCUCUUCCUCCCCUCUUCCCUCUUCCUCCCCUCUUCCCUCUUCCUCCCCUCUUCCCUCUUCCUCCCCUCUUCCCUCUUCCUCCCCUCUUCCCUCUUCCUCCCCUCUUCCUCCCCUCAUCCCCUUCCCCCCUCACCCCCCACUUCUCCUUCAGGUUCAUGCAGCAGUACAAUCGCUCUGCCCCCAUCCUUUUCGGUCAGAACGAGAAGGCCGUUUCAUGCAAGCUCAUUGUUGGCGCUGCUGCUGAAUCGCUCUCCCCUCCCCUCCCCUCUUCCCCUCCUCCUCUCCCCCUCUCCCCUCCUCCCCCCCUCCUCUUCCCCCCCCCAUCAGGUUCAUGCAGCAGUACAAUCGCUCUGCCCCCAUCCGGUUUGGUCAGAAGGAGAAGGCCGUUUCCUGCAAGCUCAUAG